CUGUCUCACUCUGCCUCCUUUUCUUUCAGGUGGCCUGAGUGAUCCGACUGAGACAAAUGUAACUGACUAUCAAGACGAGGCAUUGUAUGAUUUGGACGCCGCCGUCUUGACAUGACUCACUAUGUGUUUGGAUACCUGAUCAGGCCAAACUGAUCCGAUCACUGUUGCUCCUCAUCGUGCGUGUUGAGGGUGAAUGUUUGGCCUCCAGGUGUUUCCGAGGGACCAUAUGGCGCAAUACUGCACAAUAUAGGUCCUCUUCGUAUGAACUAACAUGGACAAAGUGGUCAUCAGUCUCCUGCUUCUGGGAACCGCAGUUGUGAUGGUCCAUGCAUGUCCCAAAUACUGUGUCUGCCAGAACCUUUCUGAGUCUUUGGGGACUUUGUGCCCCUCCAAAGGGCUGCUCUUUGUCCCACUGGACAUCGACCGGCGAACUGUGGAGCUCAGACUGGGUGGCAACUUCAUCCUCAAAGUCACAACCCAAGACUUUGCCAACAUGUCCGGUCUCGUUGAUCUUACUUUGUCUAGGAACACCAUCAGCGCCAUUCAGCCUUUCUCUUUCCUAGACUUGGAGACCCUGAGAUCACUGCAUCUUGACAGUAACCGGUUAACUCAGCUGGGACCGGAUGACCUCCGAGGGCUGGUUAACCUGCAGCACCUAAUCCUCAACAACAAUCAGCUGAGUCAGAUCUCUAACACAGCCUUUGACGACUUGUUAGGGACGUUAGAGGAUCUGGAUUUGUCCUAUAACAACUUGCGCAGUGUGCCUUGGGAAGCCAUCCGCAAGAUGGUCAACCUCCAUCAGAUGAGUCUGGAUCAUAACCUCAUCUCCUUCAUUUCCGAGGGGACUUUUACUGAUCUGGAUAAACUGGCCCGCUUGGACCUCACGUCCAACCGUCUCCAGAAACUCCCUCCAGACCCGAUCUUUGCGCGCUCCCAGACCAAUGCGGUGGUGGGCACUCCUUUUGCACCUCCUCUCUCUCUAAGCUUUGGUGGAAAUCCAUUACACUGCAACUGUGAAGUGCUUUGGCUUCGAAGGCUGGAGCGUGAGGAUGAUAUGGAAACCUGCGCAUCUCCCGCCAGUCUAAAAGGGCGCUACUUUUGGUUUGUCCCUGAGCCAGAGUUUAUUUGCGAGCCCCCCUUGAUCACUCAGCAUACCCACAAGUUACUCGUGCUGGAAGGCCAAACUGCAAGCCUGCGCUGCAAAGCAGUUGGAGAUCCGAUGCCGACGGUGCAUUGGGCGGCACCAGAUGACCGUUUGAUCAGCAACUCCUCCAGAGCAACGGUAUAUGAAAAUGGCACCUUGGAUAUCACAAUCACAACAUCCAAGGAUUACGGGACCUUUACUUGCAUAGCUGCCAAUGCUGCCGGGGAAUCUACGGCCUCCAUAGAGCUGUCAAUCAUUCAACUCCCCCAUCUGAGUAAUGGUACAAAUCGUACCACGCAGUCCAAGUCGGGGCUUUCGGAUAUAACUAGCUCUACCAAAAUUAGUAAAGGGGAGCCCAAGCCUCUACCAGAGAAGGUGGUGUCUGUAUCUGAAGUGACUGCCGUCUCUGCUUUGGUCAAGUGGACUGUUAGCAAAUCAGCUCCUACGGUCAAAAUGUAUCAGCUUCAGUACAAUUGUUCAGAGGAUGAAGUCCUCAUUUACAGGAUGAUUCCCGUGACUAACAGAGCCUUCGUAGUGACGAGUCUUGUCCCAGGGAUGCAGUAUGACCUGUGUGUCUUGGCCAUCUGGCAUGACACCGCCACCACCCUGACUGCCACCAACAUUGUCGGCUGUGUCCAGUUCAUUACCAGGGAAGACUAUCCGCAGUGCCAGUCGCUCCACAGUGGCUUCCUGGGUGGCACCAUGAUCCUCGUCAUCGGUGGCAUCAUUGUGGCCACGCUGCUGGUGUUCAUCAUCAUCCUCAUGGUGCGGUACAAGGUGACCAGUGGCAUACAGACUAAUAAAAUACCCGCUUUGAGCAACACAUACUCACAAACAAACGGAGGAUUGAGCAGGUUCAACGGUGCGCCACCUCAGGUGAAGUCCACAGUGGUGGUUAUGCAUGAGGAAAUGGUAGAAUUCAGGUGUGGAUCCCUUCAGAGCAGUUUGUCCUCGUCCUCAUCCUCCUCUAACUCAUUAGAAAGCCAAACAGGAAGGAGGGCUGUCGAUCGCCAAAGUAUGCAGGGCAGCGAAUGCAGCACCCUGCCCAGGAGCAAAUUCAGGAGGCACAGGCACACCGCUAAAGCACAGCCAAACCUGGACCACCUUUUAGGGGCCUUCACCUCAUUGGAGCUCCGAGGGGUAGGGGGGGAGCACCACGGGACUUUUGGCACCCCCAACACUACCAAUGCUGUGAUGACGGUGGCUGUGGUACCCCCGUCAGAUAAAGAACCCCUGCUCGGGAGAGCGGAGUCCACCACCAUGCUGGGACGUCUAUUAGGGAUGCCGCAGGAAGUUAUGCCCAAGAGGAGUCACUCGUUUGACAUGGGUCAUGUGGGGGCCGUGCAGUGUCGCAGCAGCUACCCUCGCAGGAUCAGCAACAUCUGGACUAAACGCAGUCUGUCCGUGAACGGCAUGCUGCUGCAGUACGACGACAGCGAGGACGAAAAGCCUUUUGAGAGCUCUGAGUGGGUGAUGGAAAGCACAGUUUGAAUGCUUCAUGGCUGAGCGAUCUAUACCAGGAGCUGAGGGAACAGGAGUUUUACAAGCAGGGUGUUCCAAAAGGAAUCUGCGUUUGGGUAUUGCAUGAAGUUCACCCAAGUGAAUACCGUCUGAGUGAUUAUGUAACAAAAAGACACAAUUGAGAGAUUCCAGGUCAUGAUCUCAAACCUCCGACAGUGUCUGACUGUGUUUGAAAUAUUGUCCAUCUUAAAAUCAACACCAAACCUUGGAUUGUGUGGAGAGGAAUUCAAAGUGGAUUGAAUCAUUCUUUGUCAAAAGAACUCAACAAAGACAAUGUCCCCAAUGUGGGGAACUGGGUGGGCAUCACAAUGUCUUAGACCCCCCAGUAAUGAAAUGGGACCGCUGCAACAGUAGAGAGAAAGACCAAAGGCGCAAACAUAGAAAAGUCUUCAUCAGUCUUCUUUUUCUAUAAUUUAAAAAUGUUAUGAUUUGAGGUUAUUCAUCAGCAGGCACAGCUCUUUGGUCAAGUUAUAAUACACACAAACACAAAUCACUCCUUCACAUACAUUUCACAUUCAGUCAAAUAUAUUUUUUCCCAAUAUUAUUCUUCUUAUAGACAAGGUUUCAGUGACACUCAACCACAGAAGCUGGUCUUGUAUUUCUACCUCAUGUUAAAUAUGACGUGAGGUCACUUAAAUAUGAAAACGAGUGGAAAUACAAACAGACCCAAAUGCACAUGGAAACACGAAGGUAUUCCCUUGUUUGAAAAUGCGCCAAAGGAUGAUUCAGUCUCCAUCGAAUCAAGUUGAGUAAUGUUCCCAGCUCAGGUUUAAUUCCUGCUGUAAGGGAAAUGUAUUUUUUCAAAGGCUUUGAUACGCUUCCCGUCGGCCAAUGCGGAUGACAGUGGUCCCUGUAGGCUUAAAUGCCAUUGAUGUAAACCAAGUGUUCGCCUCAGGAAACGGUUUUAGAUGCUAUCAACCCAUAUUACUGUCGCCAGACGGAAAUAGACUUUGAAACCCAUCAAGCCCACUUAAUUAUUCACUUUUGCCCAUAGCAGAAUGUAUUAUACCGCUCCAAAUCUCUUUUGGUAACACAAACAAGAAGGUACAACAAUUAUUUAGCCAGGUCAAACGGCAUUAUGAGUCAAUGGCUUCAUAACCUCGUUGCUGCUCAAGAGAGGACGUUCAUUUGAGAAAACAGAAGAAAGGGGAGAAACUUUUUAAGGGCCAAACAGCUAAAACUCUCUGGAAAUCCACAACAGAUUGCAUGAAACGGGACCUUUGUUGGUUUAUGUAUCAUUUGAAGUGAUUCAUCAAAAGGAACCUUUUUUUUUGUUUUCAUUGACCCUCAUACAGAGAUGUACAUUGCAGUAAGAUACUUUGAAAUAGUGGCUAUUCUGGUUACUGCCUACGAUGAGCACAUACAUCCUGGUAAAUGUGGAUGCCUUUAUCAAUAUAUUGUGGAAUUUUGCUAUAUUUUGAAGAUGUUGGGUGUUCAUAUAUUUUUUCUUUUUCUCUAAUUGUUUUCAUCCCUAGGUGUAACGUUCUGUAUAUUGGAAUUUUUUUGAACAAUAACUGGGUGAGAAUGUAAAGGGGGGGAAUCGUGCAGUAGUACUUUUGUUUUCAUGUGAAGCAAACAGUGAGAAGGUCCUUUACUGUGGUGUACCAACUUGAUCAUUGUUAAUUAGCUCACUGUGAUGGGAUUUUACAUGAUACUACUUGUAAAACACAUGGCUGUUCUCAAGGUUCAGUUCAUCAAAAAUACCAUCAUACAUAUGUUACCUUGAUUUUAUUACCAGUGGGUGUUUUACCAUUUGUUGGCAAUUUUUUAAUCCAUGAGCAGGACUAUGCUAUAUAGCACUAAUGGAUUUCAUCUGAUAGACAUUCCAUAUCUUCCUUAAUGUCAACAAAUCCUCGUUGCCUUUUGUCCCAGGAUCACCAACAUGUAGACAAUGACAUUAUGAUGAACACCAGAAAUACAGGGUAUCUUUGCAGAUCGCAGACUGCUACACGGUAGCUGGACUCUUGGUAUAUGAAGCAAGAGCCACAGGAUCACACAUCAAACCAAAAGCCAACCUGACAGGCGUCAAGUAAUGUGUUUGUGUUGGUAACCUGAGCCCAUUUUAGACUUUGAAUGACAACUUUACACACGGGUCGUAUUAACUAUUACCCACUGUUACAUUGGAAGGGUGGAUGGAUGGAGGUUGUCAUGAAACAUGAAACGUUUUUGCAUCACUUUAAAUAAAGAGCUGGGAAUUCCACUGGGAAUGAGCAGCUAAUUCUAAACUUACCUAAACUUACUAAACUUAUUUAAAUAUUUAACUCAAAUAACUUAUUUUUCCCCUUUGAGGUUAGUGUCACAUAUCCAGAAAAGUUUCCCACUACUUGGAAAUAUUUAUGAUUAAAAAAAAUGUAUGAUAAAAAAAAAAAAAAUUGCAAGAGCAAAUAGCAUUCAUCUCCAUUGUAUGCAGCAUUGCUGCAAGAAUAAAUUUCAAAGAUAUCAAUGAAACAUGGUUCAAUGUUUGUUUUUGGUGAACUGAGCCUUUGACCUGCUGAAGGAGAAAAAAAUUGUUUCUGUGUGAAAACAUUUAGCUACAAAAGAUAAAAUAUUGAUGAAUUCCUAUGAA